AUGCUCGUCCCUGAUACGGGGGAUCCAGUACCCCAAUUUCAGGGCCAGGCUGUUUACUACGGCCUGACUCCAGUCGCUCCAGGUCCAGUUCCGGUUCCAGUUCCAGUCCCAGCUCAGUAUGGUCCCGAGUACUUCGGUCCUCCAUCCAUUGCCUGCUCCGCUGGGACCUCCUUCAUAUGGCCCGCCGAUGAUGAUUCCUAUAAUUCCUGGCUCCCAAUUUCUUGCCCCCCUCCUUUGAACAUUGCUUACACUAAUCCGAACUACUCUAUGGGAACCUCUUACCCCAGAAACCCUGCUGACGUUCCGGAGAAAACUUCCCGCGAGUGGCUUUUUGCUUAUCGCAAAUUCAUGACCUGGACUCACACAGUGUACUAUUCAUCAAACUCACCCGAGGCAUUCGUGAAUUCCUGGAAACACGCCCUUGCAGAGAUGAAAGAGGCCUUUGGACCCCCAUCUCUUCCCACGGUCUUUGUCCUCAAUCAGUUCCUUGCUGCGGUCAGUGUGCACCCCAGCACCAUUCCAUGGAUUGAGUCACUCCAGUUCAAACAAGGCUCUCUGCCGGCAUCCAUUCUAGAUGAAGCUUACGCCGAUUUCCUAGAGUUUGAGGCCGACCGGCUAGGAACCGAACCCCCGGCCUUGAGUGACAUAGAUAGUAUCUCCACUGACAUGGAUCGAAUGGAAAUUUCUCCCAAGGCAUACUGUCCCUAUCACCGGCGUCUCACAAGGCAUCCGGUUGACCAGUGUUUUCGAAACCCACGGAACACGAAGCGUAAGAGGAGGUGGAGACGAAGACAGGUGCUCAUUACAGCAGCUGUUGAUGCCGAGAAAAAGAAGUGGCUGUAA